ACAGUCUGCCGCGCGGCAGGUGAACUGGCGCACGUGUCGCGCGCGAAUUUAAAUUCGACAUUCGAACAUCGUGUGUUCCAAACUUUUACUUUCAAAGUUGCGUCACUGAUUACGAUUCUGUAAUCGAACCUAUUUUUUUUAUCGAGUGAUCGUGUCUGUAUAUGGAACGUAAGAGUUAUGGAAAUGAGUGUUGCGUGAAUAUGUUUACAUUAUUAUUAUUGUGAUCAAGAAGUGUUAAUUAUUUUUUUAAUCUUUAAACGUCAAUAAUUUUGUGUUUUUGUGUAACUGUCGGAUUCUACCCUCAAGGUUACAAACACUACAGAAAACCAUGUCUUCAUCUGAAGGUGGAUGCGUCAACAAAGCGUUUGAAGGUGCCGACGACGGGUUCCACACCAUCGAUUUGCGUACGAGUCGACGUGACGGCGGCUCCGAUCGGUUACAGUUGCCAGGUCCAGGAGAGGAAACUGAUGUCACAGACGGCGUCGACGCAGUCACUGUCAAGCACAGAACGCUGGAAUGUGGAUGGGGCAUGUUCCGACCCAAGUGGUUACAGCGGUUUCGGACAGCCAAAUGGGCAUUGUUCUGGCUUUGCUGGGCGGGUGCGAUACAAGGUAAGUUAUAAUUACAAACAUUCUGUAAUAUGGAAACUCUGAGUAAAACAUUGUCAAACGAAUGUCUGAAUUCCAUUCCAAAAGUUGAAGAAUUUAAUGGUAUUGCUGAAAAUGCAGUUAAGAUAACUGCAUAGCUACACUGACAUCGAUUUCCUUGACAUUCGAUUGGAUCCGGAACGAAGCAAAUUAGUAACACGAUAGGUCUACUGAUUGCGCUCAAACCAAUCAUACUUCAAAGUGGUAGUCGUAGUGUCCAGCAAUAAUUAAAUACCUCGUUAUACGUUUUUAUAUUUAAGAAAAUAAUAAUCUCAAUAUUGCCAAUAUACACAUAAAAUUAAAAUCAUUAUUUGGAACCGCAAAAAAAGUUUAGCAUGCGACAUUUUUUGAGUUUAUCUCUUCGAAGAAAUAGACAAAUACUGUGGGGAAAUUAAGUCCUAAACAAAAAAGAAAUUCCAUAUUUUAAUCCAAUAUUUUGGACGAUUUCGAUUUUGUUAGUUUGUGUCUCUUUGAAAUUGCAACGAAGCGUUGUUUGGUACGUUUUUGUAUGUAAAUUAUUGGGACAUAAGUAGUAAUACCUCAAAAACGCUAUAAAUUAUUUUAUUUUUUAUCAUUAUAUGGCUGAAGCUGCGGGUAACAGCUAUAUAGCCGUUACCCGCAGCUAUAUUUAAAGAAACGUUUCUUUGGAUAAGAUCAUGGUCAAGUUUGUUAAUUCUUACGUUCGUUAUUGCAGACUAUUUCCUUUAUACAUAAUUUUACAUGUUUCAACUUAACGUGUUAAAUCUUUCAAUCUUUUGAUCCACUUCCCGAUUUUCGAUUGAGCUGAAAUUUUGCAUGCAGAAUAUCUUGAGUGACAAUCGAGUGGAGGUUUUCUGUAUGUUAUUAAUUAAAUGAUAUACUCCCGACUUCAAUAGCAUUUUCUUGAUAAGUAUUAUUUAUCACUUUUUUAAAGUUUGGAGUUGGUUAUACUUUUUAUUUCAUGCUUUUUAGUGGUAUUGAUAUUUAAAAAUAAAAUAUAUAUAGCGAUAGUCUUAGAAUAGGACAUUUCGUUUAUUUGCUCGACAUAAUUUUUUCCAAUAAUCUAUAUUCAUAUUUUAAAGGAAAAUUUGGUUGCUUUUGCAUUGGCUCCGAAACUAUUGAACCAAUUUUAAAAUUCUUUCAUCUACGGGAAGCUAUAUAAUAAGCGGCGGACAUAGGCUAUAAUUUACGCAGGCGAAAUAGCAGGGAAACAGCUAGUUUGAUCGAAAUUGAUUCACAAUUCAAGAAGAAAUCGAUGAACGUAUCUAUCUACGACUUUUAAAAAAUAAUAUACAUCAAAGAGUUAAGUAUACAUACUCGUUGAACAGUAAAUCUUCCUUUCAGAAUUUGAAGGAAUUCUAAAUAAGCAAUCUUUUGUUUUUUAGCUAAAAUGGGCCAUUUCAUAACAUUCAUAUCAUCUUAAUAUUUAGGUGAUAACUGUUGGAAAGUAUAUUUUGUUUUGAUAUAAAUUUAAAACUGCUUAUUCUUUAUCGAUAAUAUUAAAUGGGAUCACAUUGAGUCAUCAAUCUCAGUCUAAUAAAAAUUUAGAAAAUCCGUCGAAUAUAUGUAUAAGCUCCCCCGUUGCGAUUUUGAAGUCGAUUAAAAAUGGAUUGUAUCUAAUCUGAUUAAUAAGUCGACAGCCAUAGGACCUCUGUUAUUAAACGAAGCAACCCCAAGUUUGGGCACGUUUGAUUGUCUUAACAAGGACUUUGGUCUAUGGUCCUGGGGCUGAUGAUGGGCCAGUAAAAUUGCCAUGGCAACUUUGUAAUUAAAUAACAUAAACCCAUCGAGUUCACUAGUUUUGAUUUGUUUAUACAAGACAUCUAAAAGUAUAAGAUAAUAAACAUCUAAAAAGAACCCGUUUUUUUAUAAUAAAAUUAAUAAUUUUGUAGAGUAGGACCAAACAUUAUGAGUUUCUAGAUACAUCGAAUAUUUGUUUAAGAAUACGCUCCCAGAUAAAAAUUGCACCUCUAAUAACAAAGUAAAUCAUACUAGUUGUAUAUACAUUUUAGCUGCUUAAUUUUUCUUUGACAAAUAUUAAGUCUUAGAAAAGGAUAGGAUUUUGUCUUACUCUUGUGUGUAGCCAGGCUUUUAUUCGUUUACGCAAUAAAAUCUUGUGUAACUAUCAUUGUAGUUAGUGCCAGAAUAAAUAUGCGUCAUAACCAUCUCAUGGCAACAUGAUCAUAUAGCGAGUUUAAACGAUCCAUCGAAAUUACUGUUAAAAAUACAAUGGAAAGUACGAAAGUUGCGUAAAAGUUUUAGUUGAAGGUAUUAUGAAAGUUACGUCAAACACUGACCUUAAAUGUUAUCUACACUAUAAAAAUAAUAUAAAUCUAAUAAAAAGGAACAAUAUAAUAGUAUAAUACCACACCGUUAAAAUAUUGAUUUAAUAUUUCAAUUGAAAAUGGAGGAAAGCGAUAAAAUUGGUCACAUUUGCGCGAACCUAACUCGUGAUCAUAAUUCGAGUGGAAAAAUGAAUUGUAAGCAUAUAAUUAGGAAAAUUGAAAGUCCUAACUUCAAUAAAUUAGACAUAAUAUUAAAUAACAACGAAUAUGUUUUAAAAUUGGCCGAAAAUUUGUAGUAAGAUUUCUAAAAAAGAUAUUAGUAAAAAAAUGCAAUUCUAUUUAGUCCAUCAGUCAGAUGAUAGAAAAAUAUUAGAUACGUAUUUUUUUUUUACUUCAAUUUAACAAGAAAUAGCUUAGAUAACAGGCAUUAAAGUUGAGGAGUGGGGGCUCGCUACGUCACAGUUGAGUAGAAAACGUACCCUAACGUGACAUCAUGCGAAAUUUCAACUCGAUGUAACGCCGUAAUUUUAUGAUUAC